GCCCGCCAGGGGCGGGGGCGCAGGAGCGGGGCGGAGACGAGGCGGAGCCCAGGCGCACCGAGCGAGCAGAAACGAAAGCGAAAGAGGGGGCCGGGAGGACGGGGCGGGCCCGAGCGAGGCGCCGCCCCCAGCCCUGCGCGGCCGCCAGACCGACGGGCGCGGCGAGGUAGCGGGCCGGCGGGGCGCGCAGCGGAGACCCUCUUGGAGCGCUGCGCCGCGGCCGCCGCCACCAUGUCUCAGGAGGACGUGGAGCUGGAGAAGAGCGUUCGGCGCCUGCAGGAGAAGUUCCACGGAAAGGUGCCCUCGGGGAAGGCAGGGGUUCUGAUGAGGAAGUUUGCCAGCGACCACACCGGCGUGGGGCGCUCCAUCGUGUACCAGGUAAAGCAGAAAGACGGACAGGAACUGGGUAACAACCUGCCGGUCCAGGACCCCCCGGAUGACAUGAAGCAGGACCAGGACAUCCAGACAGUAGCGACUUCGCUCAUGCCGUUGACACAAGCCAACCUGGCCAUGUUCCAACGUGCCCAGGCCAACCUGAUCCCCUCUGAGGAGCGCCAGUUUGCAUGCUCCCCCUGCGACCAUGUCUGGUGGCGCCGGGUGCCCCAGCGGAAGCAGGUGUCCCGAUGCCGGAAAUGCCGGAAGCGCUACGAGCCCGUGCCGUUAGACAAGAUGUGGGGCGUGGCUGAGUUCCACUGCUCGAAAUGUGGGCAUGAUUUCCGGGGCUGGGCACAGAUGGGGUGCCAGUCCCCCUGCUAUCGGUGCGGCUACCCGGUGUUUCCGACACUGAUCCUGCCCCCACGCCGGAACUGGGACGCACGCCGCAGCACCCAACCCCACUCCUGCUUGGCGGCCGACUGCUGUAACCGAAGAGAGCCCCACCUGCCUGGGACCUCCUGUGCACACCCCAAGAGCCGGAAGCAGAACCACCUGCCCCAAGUCCUCCACCCCAGCAACCCCCACAUCAGCAGUGGCUCCACCGUGGCCACCUGCCUGAGCCAGGGGGACCUCCUGGAAGAGCUGGAUGACCUGAUCCUUGAGGACCUGGAGGAGGAGGAGGAGGAGAGUGGGCAUGGAGCGUGACAUCCCUCCCACCCACCCCCCAGGUGUCAAUGCAAACCCGAUGCAAACCAGA